UGGGCGGACAGGAGACCAGUCCUCGUUUCUACUUGGAGGAGACACAUGGACAGACAGGCAGAUAGACACACCGAUUGACAGACUGACGGAUUACCAUCAUCAUCAUCACCAUCUAGUUCUUGUCGGGAAUGACGGUCACGACCGUCACGACCGUCACGACCUUAUCCGUAUCUGUGACAUCUGUGUGUCCGUCGCUUUUUGGCCACUUUCCUCUUGACUGAGCCCUGUGCGAACUAUCCGGCCUUUCGGGUUCCGUGCCUUGUGUUUGUGUGGGCUCACCGCCGCCGUCGCUCAGACUGGUCAGAGAAACAUCAACGGCGUGUUGGGGGCUGGCCGAAGAAAGACAGAGACUCAUCCCGUGAGCCGUGACCCUUGCCGCGAUCCCUGAACCCACCGUGAACCGGGAGGAUGGAUCCCCGCCAUGUGUCGGGCCAGCCCGUCCAAAUCGUGAAAAUCAACGAUGACCCCGACGAUCAUAGCUUCUUCCUGGACGAAGCAGCCCUUAACCGGAUCCUGCUCCAAGACAAUGGCGCACUCAAGGACAAACCCCUGUGCAUCGUAUCCGUAGCCGGCGCGUUUCGACGGGGCAAGUCGUUCCUAUUGGAUUUCUUGUUGCGCUAUUUGUGCGCCGCGGAUCGUCACCAUUGGUUAGGCCCCGAGGACAGUCCUCUGGAGGGAUUUCAUUGGCGUGGCGGUUCCGAACGGGAUACCACCGGUAUCCUCAUGUGGUCCAAGAUAUUCCUCAUACCCACCGGACCCCCGGGUAGCCCCGAAGUGGCGGUCGUGUUGAUGGACACGCAAGGCGCUUUUGAUACUAGCAGUACGGUGCGGGAUUGCGCCACCAUCUUCGCCUUGUCCGCCAUGUUGAGUAGUGUGCUCGUGUACAAUCUGACGGCCAACAUCCAAGAGGAUGACCUCCAACAUCUGGAGUUGUUCACCGAGUAUGGCCGCCUGGCUAUUGAAGACUCCGGCGAAACCCCCUUUCAAAAGCUCCAAUUCCUCGUCCGCGAUUGGAGUUAUCCCUACGAGGCUCAAUAUGGGGCCGAGGGUGGUCGAAAUCUGGUUCAGCGCCGACUCGAAUUGUCCGAUAAGCAACAUAGCGAGCUCCAGGAUUUGCGGAAGAACAUCCGUUCGUGUUUUUCGUCUAUUGAGGGCUUUCUGUUGCCGCAUCCGGGCUUGAAAGUGGCCACGGAUCCCGGCUUUGAAGGUCGGCUCAAGGAUAUUGAGCCCAUGUUUAUUCAGCAUCUGCAAGACUUUGUGCCUUUGCUUUUGGCCCCGGAAAAUAUCGUGAUUAAGAAGAUCAACGGCAACGUAGUCAAAUGCAAAGAACUGGUCCAAUUCUUCCGAGCCUACAUUGAAAUAUUCAAGGGCGACGAAAUGCCCGAACCCAAAUCCAUGCUCAAGGCCACGAGCGAGGCUAACAAUUUGGCCUCGCUCCAGGAGGCCAAAGAAACCUACGUGGCCAUGAUGGAGUCGAUUUGCGGUGGAGACAAGCCCUACUUGAACGAGCAGGUCUUGGAUAUCGAGCAUUGCCGCAUCAAAGACCAAGCCGUGCUCGUGUUCUCGAGUCGGCGAAAAAUGGGCGGCGAAGAGUUUUCGCUCACCUACCGCGAGAAGUUGGAGCGCGAAAUCGAUGAAUCCUACGCAAAUUAUAAAGCUCACAACGAGAGCAAGAAUAUAUUCAAGGCGGCCAACACGCCCAUUACCUUGGCGGCCGUCGCCAUGCUUUUGUAUAUCCUGAGUCAAUUUUUCACGUUGUUGGGCAUAACGCCCGUGUCGGGUAUAUUUAACCUGGCGUUGACCGGCACUUUCUUGCUCUUGGCCACCUGGUGCUACGUGAAAUACACAGGCAAUGCUACCGAUAUCGGUUCGAACAUCGAUCACUUGGCCGCCACCAUAUGGGAUUCCGGUAUUCAGCCCGUGUUCAGCCGAUUGGCUCAAGAAGGCUCGCAAUUUGCGACCAAGAAAGCCCUAGAACGCAUGAACUCGCAAGCUCCUUCGCCGCAGAUGUCGCCUGCCAUGUCCAAAAAGCGGAGCUAAGUGAAGCAUCUGCUCCCACAAUUCUAAUAUGUGCCACACCCACCCACACCUUUAACACUACAGGGAUAAUGUCCACGAAACCCCGCCAAACGAGAGAAGGGUCUUGACAGGCUGAUUUUUUACAUUGGAAAUCAUUAUUAGCGCCGUUUUUAUAUUGAACCUUCACAUACAAGCAACACACACACGCCCAUUGAGCCUUGUUCGAAACCAGUCCACAUAUAAUAAACAAAUAU